AUGCCGACUCAACCGACUCUGAAUCCGAAACAACUGAGACACCUGAAAGAGAUUCAAGUUCUAAACAGUGUUUGCAGCUCCUUCCGACUAUUAAAACGAGCACAAACACAAGUUGACGCAAAUCGACAGCCUAUAAACACACUUCUUAACGAAUUAGGACGAGGUGAACUCGUAUUACAAGAUACCGAAUACGAAACCAUUCUGGCUCUGAUAAAGUUUCUAGAGAAUUUUAAGAAAUUCGUUGAUAUUCUAAGUUCAGAAACCCAACCUACUAUGAAUAUGAUUCUAGUGUUUCGGUCAGAAGUGAAAAGAUUGCUUGAAGAAGCGAAUGAUGAUGAGCCUCUCGUAAACAUAACAUGCUUGAGGGUUUGGAAUCCCGAUUUCCUUUAA